GCAAAAAAUUCUUGUACAGAAAACCUCUGUCAAACAAAAAAAGUCGCCUCUCUCUCUCAAGCUAACCCAAGAAUAGCAAGAAAUUGCAAAAAUAAGAAAAGAAAUUUCUUCUUUUAGUUCAAUCUUUAAGUAGAAGUUUGUUUCUUUCCUAUUUUUAGAUCUACUGUAUAUUUUUGAUUUCGAUCUUCAUUUCCCUCCCUCCCUCUCAAUCCAUUUAUCUCUCUUUUAAUCAAUCUCUCCUUCCCCUUGACUUUGUAAAAGAUAUACUUCAAGGAAUUUGAAGAUACCCUUUCUAGAUCGAAUAAGAUGGGGAGAGGAAAGAUUGUGAUUAGAAGGAUCGAUAACUCAACCAGUAGGCAAGUGACUUUCUCCAAACGAAGGAACGGAUUAUUAAAGAAAGCCAAAGAGCUUUCUAUUCUUUGUGAUGCUCAAGUUGGUCUUAUAAUCUUUUCUAGCACUGGCAAGCUCUAUGAGUUCUCAAGUACCAACAUGAAAUCUACAAUGGAGCGGUACAACAAGUCGAAGGAGGAACAACACCAUCCAUUGCCGAAUGCAAAUUCAGAAGCCAAGUUCUGGAAAAGGGAGGCAGCAGCCUUGAGGCAUGAAUUACAAAGCUUGCAAGAAAACCAUCGGCAAUUGAUGGGUCAAGAGCUUUCCAGUUUGAGCGUUAAAGAGCUACAAAACUUGGAGAAUCAAUUGGAAAUGAGCUUGCAUGGUGUCCGUAUGCAAAAGGACCAAAAGCGAAACGAUGAGAUACACGAGCUAAACCGAAAGCUAAACCUCCUUCACCAAGAAAACAUGGACUUGUUAAAGAAGAUCAAUGAAGCGAGAAACAGAAAUGAGACAAAUAGGAUUUCUCAUUCUCCAAAUGGUUUUAAUCUUGAAGAGGAAGAAUGUAUCAAACUCCAAUUAAGCCAACCACAACAACAGAACUAUGCCGCAACAGAAAACCCUGCAGCGCUAAGCUGACUACAAGUGCAAUGAUGAAUGGGAGUUACAAUUCCAGCUGCAAAUUUCCCUCUGAACUUCACUCAGUGACUCUGCAUUAACUUCCGCCCAUAUAAGCAAUCAGAAUAAAGUAUAGCCUGAAGAUAAGUUUCUUUCUUUAUUAACUUUGCAAUCUGCUUAGUUUUAUGAGUGCUGGCACGAUCUUGCAGCCAGAUCUCCUGAAACCCUUCCUUAUUAAAUAUAUGUGUCUGUAUUUGUAUUUUUCAGUUUGAUCAAUAUAUAUGCCUUCUUU